GUAGCCCUAAUGCGUGCACUUGUAGAAUGAGAUUGCAGGCGCAGGCGCCCCUCAUCCGAGUGUAUCGCGUAUUGGACGUCGCAAGCGCUCUUCAUCUGCAAAUUUUUUUGGCUCUUCAUAUCCGAGUGUAUCGAAAUUUCAUCGAUUCGAAGCAAUUUUCGAGGAGACUAUGCAGACCUACGAUUUAGGCGGCUACGGAAACGUUAAAAAGACUCUUUAGCCGGCGUCUUCUGAGUUCUAACUUCCGACCUUGGUGGUGGCUGAUUGGCUGGCUUGCAGGCUGCAAGGCGGCAACUUGCUAUUGCAGAACAGUAGAAGCUCACUAUCUGAGAAUUGAGAAGCGAGGGCCGCAGGGGAUAGCUAAUUAGCUACAGCAAGUUGGCCACUCUUGUUACACAGAAUUACAGUUUCAGGAGUCCGGACCCAAGUGCUUUUACAUUAAAAAAAUCAGCCCUUUCAGUGAAUCAAGUCGGUCGUGCAAUAUUCUGCUGCCCGUCAUCUACAAAUCUACAAUCACUAGACUUCAGGAUCGACAGUUGACAGCAUGGGAGACUGGGCUGCACUCCCCGAUGAUAUCCUAGUGAUAAUUCUACAAUUGAUUGUUAUCGGGAAAGAUCAUUGCAGCUUUGGGUGCGUUUGUAGAUCUUGGAGAAGGGCAGCACUAUUGUUUCUCAGCAUCUUCGUCCCAAAGGGUGCUCCUUGUCUGAUUGUUCCGGACAAAAACACUAGCUGCUCAUCAAUCGCCCACCAACACAGACGGCUUCUUCUAGCAUUUCAGAUCGGAAAGGACAUUGCUGAAAUAGAAGGCUUUUUGCCUCAAAUCAGAAUUCCACCCAGAGACAUCUGUCUUGGAUCUUACCAGGGAUGGCUUGUCAUGAUAUCCAAAUACGUGAAGAUCUACAUAUGGAAUCCUUUUUCGUGCACUUCCAUAGACCUGUUAAUGUGUAAGUACUACAGAUUGAGUGGUCUUCAGCUCUGCAUGCUUAGUCUUUAUGAAAAGGAGAUCAAGUUGGCUGUGCUUGAUAUGUAUAUCAGCAAAGCGAUCUUGUCAACAGUUCCUACAGCCCCAAAUUGCUUUAUCUUUAUUAUUUAUGGGUACAAGAACUUUGCUUUUUGCAAUGUAUCCGACAAAGUCUGGAGAUACAUGUUUCGGCCUCAGAGUAACCAUGAUCCGACAACUCCCCCACAAUCUUACACGGACGCAGUCUAUUUCAAGGGACAGUUCUACAUUGUCUCAGCAAGCGGGGAAAUAUUUUCUUGCGACGUUACUGCUUCUCGACCAGGACUGAUUAGUGUUUAUGGUCCGCCACCAAAGACACUGUCUGCCCAUCAAUGGUAUCUUGUGGAAUGCAGGGGGGAACUAUAUAGAGUCAUGCAACAACUCAUGCGAUGUAGGUUUGCUGCAGGAAAAGAUGAUGAUGCUUGUAUUGGUAUUGAUAACCAAGAUCUACAUCAGGCUCUUGAUGAACAUUUUCGUGGAGAGUCAUAUGGGUGCAACGGAUUUGAAGUGCAUAAGCUGAUGAGUGAUACGGUUGGUUGGAUACAAGUGCGUAAUUUUGAAGGCAAUGCAGUUUUUUUGGGUAGGAAUCAGUCUUUUUCCCUCUCAAACCCCGGUGAUUAUGGCUACAAGCGAAACCGGAUCUAUUUCACCGAUCAUAGAUCUAUAAAUAAUGACAUGGGCGUGUUCAACCUGGAGGAUGGUACCAUGGAGUCGCCACUUUACAAGACAAAUUCAAGGUUUAUAGUGCCACCUGCUAUUUGGAUGAUACCUAACACAUGAUAAUAGAGCCCAUUUGGUAACUUGAUUUUCAGUCUUAUCAACCAAGUUUUUAUGAGAAAAUUUCUAGGAGUAUGAAUAAAAAGAUGAUUCC